UAAACCUCGGUGCGUGUGGACGCGCGUCGCGUCUCUCCUUAAAUCAGGAUUUUGUGUUCGUUGUGUGUGUGUGUGCGGAGCGUCCCCGUUUUCCUCUAGUUUUUCCUUUUGUGCGUGUUGUGUGCGGGGUGGUUAUCGGGAACAGUAUCAAAGUGCGCGACUUUUCAUUUCCGGCUCCUGAUUAGAGAAACACGCCGGCAUCAUGUUUGAUGUUUUCGGAUCCGUGAAGGGUCUGCUGAAGCUAGACCAGGUCUGCAUCGAUAACAACAUCUUCCGGCUGCACUACAAGGCCACGGUGGUGGUGCUGAUCGCUUUCUCGCUGCUGGUCACCUCACGCCAGUACAUCGGUGAUCCGAUCGACUGUAUUGUGGACGAGAUCCCGCUCAACGUGAUGGACACCUACUGCUGGAUCUACUCGACUUUCACGAUCCCCAACCGGCUGACCGGGAUCGCCGGCAAGGACAUCGUGCAGCCCGGCGUGGCUAGCCACGUCGACGGCCACGAUGAGGUGAAGUACCACAAGUACUACCAGUGGGUCUGCUUCGUCUUGUUCUUCCAAGCCAUGCUCUUCUACGUGCCACGCUACCUCUGGAAGACGUGGGAGGGUGGCCGCAUCAAGAUGCUGGUGCUCGAUCUCAACAUGCCCAUCAUGAACGACGACGCCAAAGAGCGGAAGAAGAUCCUGGUCGAGUACUUUGCCGAGAAUUUCAAGGGACACAACUUCUACGCCUUCCGGUUCUUCUUCUGCGAGGUGCUCAACUUCGUGAACGUGCUCGGGCAGAUCUACUUCAUGGAUUUCUUCCUGGAUGGCGAAUUCUCCACCUACGGCAGCGAUGUGGUGCGCUUCACCGAGAUGGAACCGGAGGAACGCGGGGAUCCGAUGGCGCGCGUGUUUCCGAAGGUCACCAAGUGUACCUUCCACAAGUACGGUCCAUCUGGAAGCGUGCAGAAGUUCGAUGGUCUCUGCGUGUUACCCCUCAACAUUGUCAACGAGAAGAUCUACGUGUUCCUGUGGUUCUGGUUCAUCCUUUUGACGAUCCUUACCGGCAUCUCGCUGAUCUACCGUUUUGCUGUGAUCAUGAUGCCGCGCCUGCGGCUGCUCAUGCUGCGCGCUCGUUCGCGCCUCUCGAAUCAUGACGAUGUCGAGUUGAUAGCGUCACGGUGCCAGCUGGGCGAUUGGUUUAUCCUGUAUCAGUUGGGCAAGAACAUCGAUCCGCUCAUCUACAAGGAGAUUAUCUUCGAUCUGGCACAGAAGGUGGAGGGGAAGGAAUUAGUAUAACGCACUCACUAUUCCUCCCACCUCCAGCCAUCCAGCUGCCACCUUCCCACCCACCCAGCCACCUAUCAUCAUUCCUCAUCGAUCGUCGUGUGAAUCAUCAACGAAUUCUCCCGCACCCGAAUCAACUAUGCAGCUACCACAGAUCCUCCACAGACCCCUCUCGCCAUCCUUUCUGAGCGAAAGCGGAUCCCGAAAGCUGAGCAUAAAGAAUGCUGUAUGAAUCAUUGAACCUGAAUUGACUUCCCCCGUUCCGAUGGUGCUGCACAGCAACAAGCACUGGAAGCGAGAACAUAACAGAAGAGAACAACAAAAAUGCCAGCAAGAAUCCCGCUCCCCCCAUUCCUCCACCUCUCUUCGCGGAUCCAGCAUGAUGAUGAAGCACCGUCCGGAGAUUCGCGCAUGGAUGACCCGACCGGAGAUUCCGAUUUCAACGCGCUGCUCGCCAUAUGCACACGCGCCGCUAGCAUGAAGGAAGAAGCAUCCUCCAUCGUCCAUCCUGUUGCUUGAAUUCUCUUUCACGCUGUCCGCCUCUUCAUCUUCAACGCGCUGUAGUCGUGGUGCAGGAUAGAACUUGAUCCAGAUUAUCUACUUCGAGAAUCGAGAAAGCAUCAACAGAAUGGAAGCACUGAAGAGAAUUGACGAAUCGACGACUCUUAAAACGAGAAGAGACAAACAGAAAAUAAGAGCGCGAAAAUCUUCCGUGCGACGCAUCAUUGUACACUGAGCCAAUAAUCCAAUACACUACUUCUUGUUCUUGUUUUAGUGUGCACUGUCGAAACAAUGAUAGUGAUGAUAUCGUCAACUCGAUUUCAAAUAAGACAGGAAUUGAAAAGUUUGACAAAACAGACAAACACAAAAGGCAAGACAAACAGAGAGAUCACGAAAAUCGAAAAGAUAUUUGCUUUUAUGAAGAUAUCAGAAACGAUUAGAUAAGCAUUCUGUUUUGGCAUGAUAGACAAAGGUGAUACAAAAUUCCUACACAUAGCGAACGCCUUCGACUGAAUCGAUGAUGAUAGAUUAUACUGUAGAUUCCUUAUCCACAAAUUGCCAAUUCAAAUAAUUUUCGACGGAUCUAUACUCCAGUAGCAUAAGGACAAUGUAUGAUGUAUGAGUAUUUCGGCGCAGGUCAGCGGGUAUGCUGAGCAGCGUGCAAAGCGUUUAGGUAAAACUGCCAAGCCAUAAGCAGAACAGAAAGACAGCAACACAAGCCAACAAAAGUAUGGAAAGGAAGGGUCACCCUUCUCACUUGUCACGGACUCUUCCUUUUCACCCAGAAACGCAUUCAAUCGCGACGAGGACCUCAGUAGACUUCAGAAGGCAGGCCGUUUGUGCUUCGCUACUCGCAUUGAAUUUUAAGCCAUUCAUUACAUGCAUUCCACCGUAUUUGUAACAACAAGCUGUCCUUUGACGGACUAGUGGAGCGCAGAGAUAGAUCGAUUCCCUUGGGUUUUAUGUCCCACCUGGAGCGUAGCAAUCAUCAUUAGAUCUUUCGUUUUGUCUUAUAGAGUAACAGAUGCAAUAGUCUCAGACGUGUGGAGAAAACUGCGCGUUUGAAUGGAGUGAUGUGUAUUCUCAGCUACGUUUUCAGAGUCAAAGGCAUACGUUUCCUAUCGAAUAUUUAUUAUAUCGUCGCCGUCGUCGCCGCAUUUGAGUUAAGAAGAAUCGAGAAAAUUGAUUUUGUAAUCCUCCUCCUUCUUCUCUGGUUGCCGUACGAUUCCUCUCUACAUUUCUAACGAUAAGCCGCCAUAAGGGGGCUAUCCUGUAAUUGGCAUUUAUUAUCCUAGUUAUUUCCAGGGCGGCAAUCGAAAACCGCACGUUUGUUUGAACGAAGAAGCACUUUUGCGUCAAUUGAUAGGCGAGCUCUACUAGUAGUAGUAGUAGCAGGAAUAUCGGCAAGCAACACAUGUAGAGCAGUCGCGCGAAGGCUAAAUUUUACUGUACGAAGAAGAGAUGUCGGUUUCUUGUGAUAAACGUAUAAAUUUUAGAUUCUACUAUAGGAAAGCAACUUCCUGCCCGUCGUCCGCCCCUCUCCAUUCUCUGUCAUACCCGCCCAUACCGAGCAACCCUUGAAAUCCACUUAUUUUGACGCAAUUGAAUUGGUUAGGAAAUAUUAGGCUUCUGUACCCGCGUGGUGCUUAUGGGUAGCGUGUUUUAAUAAGUAAUUUUGAAUAUUGAAAAAGACGGACGAAAACGAGCAUUGCUGCUACAACGCGACAGUACGUGUUGGGCUGUAAAAUUAAUACCUCUAAUGUACGAAGAGCCGACGGACCGAGUGUUCCCGCGCUUGAAUGCAGGGAAUUCGUGUCACGGUUUCGUCCGGAAGAAUAUGCGUUCAUUCAAAAUGGCAGACGAGGACGGGUUAUUGGUGCUUUCGGGCAUCAAGGAAGACAGCUCACCUCAGAAUGCCCACUAGCUGUAGUGACGUAGAGAGUAGUAACAGUAGUAGUAAGAACCGGAUCAUCAUUAGUGCGCAACUGCAAUGUGAGGGGAUGACCCUGUGCACUACAAUUCUUCUACUUGUACUAGCACCAGAUAACACGAUUUCCGACAGAAGCGUUCCAUAUUUUUGAUAAACAUUUAUAGUAACCUAGUACAUGGAUUUUAGAGCGACAUUUUUAAAACCUUUUUUAAGAUUCCAGACUCGAGAAUAUAGACAUCGAGAGCACAAUACUAUUGUAAUAGAGCUAAUGGCGGGAGUUAAUAAAAUGUAAGGACAAUCAA